CAGCGACAGCGGUUACCCACAAAACCAAAGCAGUAUUCUAUUACCAGUACCUUCUUUCCUUUCUUUCUCACUACUAUAAAUAGAGAUCACUCACGUUGCUGGCUCCACACAGAUAUAGCAAAAAUCAAAUCAAACCAAACUUAACACUCAUCAUCUCAGUUACUUUAAUUACCAUAUCGUUAUCUAUCAUCAUCUCUUUACCAUGUCGAACACUGCUGGUCAGAUCAUCAAAUGCAGAGCUGCGGUUGCAUGGGAGGCUGGGAAGCCGCUGGUGAUUGAAGAAGUAGAGGUGGCGCCACCGCAGGCCGGUGAAGUUCGUCUCAAGAUACUCUUCACCUCCCUUUGCCACACUGAUGUUUACUUCUGGGAAGCUAAGGGACAGACUCCAUUGUUUCCUCGUAUAUUUGGUCAUGAAGCUGGAGGGAUUGUGGAGAGCGUAGGUGAGGGUGUAACUAACCUGAAACCAGGGGAUCAUGCUCUGCCUGUAUUCACAGGAGAGUGUGGGGAAUGUCCACAUUGUAAGUCAGAGGAAAGCAACAUGUGUGAUCUUCUUAGGAUCAACACAGAUAGAGGUGUCAUGCUCAAUGACAACCAGUCCAGAUUCUCUAUUAAGGGACAACCUGUGCACCAUUUCGUCGGCACCUCUACGUUCAGCGAGUAUACUGUGGUUCAUGCUGGAUGUGUUGCAAAGAUCAACCCUGAUGCACCACUUGACAAAGUUUGCAUUCUCAGUUGUGGAAUAUGCACUGGUCUUGGUGCUACUGUGAAUGUUGCAAAACCAAAGCCAGGUUCUUCUGUUGCUAUCUUUGGACUUGGAGCUGUUGGUCUUGCUGCUGCUGAAGGAGCAAGAAUCUCUGGUGCAUCAAGAAUCAUUGGAGUUGAUUUAGUUUCCAGCCGAUUUGAAUUAGCUAAGAAGUUUGGGGUAAAUGAGUUCGUAAACCCAAAAGAGCACGACAAACCUGUGCAACAGGUAAUUGCUGAAAUGACGAAUGGAGGUGUAGAUCGAGCUGUUGAAUGUACCGGUAGCAUCCAGGCCAUGAUCUCAGCAUUCGAAUGUGUUCAUGAUGGUUGGGGUGUUGCUGUACUUGUUGGAGUGCCAAGCAAAGAUGAUGCCUUCAAAACUCAUCCUAUGAAUUUCUUGAAUGAGAGGACUCUUAAGGGUACCUUCUAUGGCAACUACAAGCCCCGCACUGAUCUUCCCAAUGUUGUUGAGAAGUACAUGAAAGGGGAGCUGGAGCUGGAGAAAUUCAUUACUCAUACAGUACCAUUCUCAGAGAUUAACAAAGCUUUUGAUUACAUGCUGAAAGGGGAGUCCAUCAGAUGUAUCAUCAAAAUGGAGGAGUAAGUCUCUAGAACAAAGAUGUAAUAGUCCCUACCGGGGGACUGAUGUCACUAGUUAUGAGAAAAUAAAUUUCAUAAAUAAUCCUUUUUGGAUUAUUGAGUUUGUGAGGAUUUGUUACUUUUGUAUGUAAAGAAUUGUGCUGCUGUGAUAAUAUAAUAUUACGUUAUAAGUUAGACUUUGA